AUGGCGGCGGCAGGUCCGAGUACUCGGGCCUCCUCUGCAGCGGCGGCGGCGGCUCUGAGUCGGCGGGGCCGGCGGGGCCGCCGUGACGAGAUGGCGGCAGCAAAGACUGGAACUGCAGGCGCGGCCUCUGGACCCGCGCUGUUGGUAUUACCGCCUCCCUUGCUGCAGCCGCCGCCACCGCCGCGGCCGGAGGUGUCGGGCUGCGCCGGAUGCCUGGAGACCCCGGGGGAAGCGGCGGCCCUGCCGUGCGGCCACUCGCUGUGCGGGGGCUGUGCCCGACGCGCCGCCGACGCGGCCGGCCCAGGUUGCCCGCGCUGCCGCGCCCGAGGCCCGGGCUGGGCCCGCCGUCGGGCCCGCGACGACAGCCAGGCCGACGCGGAGGGGCUGGGGGAGCGCGUCCGUCGCAGCCAGCCCGAGCGCUGCCGCCCGCGCCGGGACGGGGGUGCGGCCGCUGCGGGGUCCAGGCCGGAGCAGGAGCCGCGCGCCGCGCCUGCGGAGCCAGACUUUAUAUUCAGAGCACCAAUCAGGUUAAGCAAGCCUGGGGAACUUCGUGAAGAAUAUGAAAGCCUGAGAAAGCUGAGAGAAGAAAAGUUACCAGAGGAAAAACCCUCUGAAGAUCAAAUCCACAAGCUGUUACCAGAGGAUACAGAAACAGGGAAAAGGAAAAUGGAUGAACAGAAAAAAAGAGAAGAGCCAUUAGUAUUGAAAACAAAUCUGGAAUGUUGCCCUGCGCGUCUCUCAGAUUCAGAGAAUGAAGAACCUUCUCGAGGCCAGAUGACCCAGACACAUCGCUCAGCAUUUGUUUCCAAGAACAACUCCUACUCUUUAGCUUUCCUGGCAGGGAAGCUAAACUCCAAGGUGGAGAGGAGUCAGAGCUGUAGUGACACUCAGGAAAGAGUGAAGAGCAGACUCAGAGCAGCUCCAACCAACAAAGCCAAGGUCACAGCUAUGACUCCAGCCACCAACCCCAUCAUUGGUGUCCUCUUUUCUACUCAGAACAACCGCUGUCUUUCUGCCCCUGACUUAACCAUUGAAAAGCGUCUACCCUUCAGCUCCCUCUCAUCCUUGGCUUCUCUGCAUAAGCCAGAGCGUUCUAUCAGCCCUGAGAGCAAUGACAGCAUCUCUGAAGAAUUAAACCAUUUCAAACCCAUUGUCUGCUCACCAUGCACUCCUCCUAAGAGACUCCCUGAUGGCCGUGUGCUAAGUCCCCUCAUCAUCAAAUCAACACCCCGCAACCUAAACAGAAGCCUACAGAAGCAGACUUCUUAUGAGGCCAGUCCACGGAUCCUCAAAAAAUGGGAACAGAUCUUUCAGGAGCGGCAGUUCAAAAAGACCCUUUCAAAAGCUACUCUCACCUCCCUGGCUCCUGAAACAGGGGAAGACUUACUGGGUUCUGAAAUUAUCCAUUCUAGCAAAGAGAAGCCACUUCUGGCUUUAAAUACAAGACUAUCCAGUGGGCAAGUACUCUCUGAGUAUACUGGACCCACCUCCACUGACCCUGAUUAUCUCCCCUCUGUUAGCCAAACAAAAGAAGAACAGGACAGUGAUAGUAGAAGGAGCACAGAGAUCCCAUUGGAAACCUACUGUUCCUCAGAACCCAAAGUGGGUAAAGGUGGGAAUUCUUUGGAGAGGGAACCAUUUGAGGGGUCAGGAUUGACACCAGAUGCCAAAUUAGACAAAACCUGUCUAAGCAGAACCAUGAAAAUCUCAACAGUUAAUUCAGUGCUACCCAAAAACAGUGUUUUGGGUGGAGUCCUCAAAACAAAAAAACAAUUGAAGACAUUAAAUCAUUUCGAUCUGGCUAAUGGUGUUCUAGUAGACAGCCUAAGUGACGAGCCACUUCCUUCCUUGCGCCGGGGCCGGAAAAGACACUGUAAGACCAAGCACUUAGAACAAAAUGGCUCUCUUAAGAAAUUGCGGCCAACCAGUGGUGAGGUGGGUCUUGUCCCAAUAGAUCCAGCACUGCAAGAGAUGGAGCAGAAAUUGCAGCAAGAAGAAGAGGACCGCCAGCUGGCCCUGCAGUUGCAGCGAAUGUUUGACAAUGAGAGGCGGACUGUGAGUCGGCGAAAGGGCAGCGUGGAUCAGUAUCUGCUACGGUCCAGCAACGUGACUGGGGCCAAGUAGUGCUUAGUGAACAGUGUUACCUACUUUUAAGAGGUCUUUGGUCUUCAUCAUUUAUCCUGAAGAGCUGAGUGUUUUCACUUUGGUUUUCUUAAUGAUGGCAGAACACUGUCUAAUACGGUUCUGAGAGGUUACAGGGCCUCUGUAGUCAAUAUCCAAGGGAACUGCAUCUCUGUUUCUAUGUGCCCUGGGCCAGAAGUGCUCCUCACUCCCUGAGUGACCUGCCUCUGAGGGCUUCUGGGCCAAAUUCCACAGCAUCUACUUGGAAUGAGAUUUGGAAUGGCCUCAUUCAGGAGCAUGAAAUGGUAGAGGAAAGAGGAGAUACCUUCUCAAACUGUUAGACCUCCUGACGUCUUUCAACAGGGUGUUGUUUUAAAUCAGCCUUGCAGAUAAAAGUUAAUUUCAUCUAUUUCAGAGAAGUAGAACAGUAUGUAUAGUUCUUUGGGAGAUACAACAUCAUAGAUUGUUAUGUUCCCCACUUUCCCGCCACAUGCCACAAAUAAAUACCUACUUAAAUCAGUUGAGCUUAUGCUUCUACAGAAGUUAAUUUACAUGCUCUGUUUUAAAAAAUAACGUUUAAUCAAUGCUGUGUAGUUGACAGAGCACCUUCACAGAUGUUUAAUUUGGUCUUCCCAACAGACCUAACAUUUAAGUGAUAUUAGCCCCAUUUUUAGAUGAUGAAACUAUAGCUCAGACUGACCAAUGGCUGUCCUGACAGCAAAUCCAGUGGAUUUUCUACAUGUUUCCCAAAUGGAUUACAGCCCAAUGGCCCUCCAAAGGAGCCUAGGGAAAGCAAGGCUGAUGAUUGGACAUCUCUACAUGUAAAUAAUGAAGACUGACAAGAUGUACAGCAGCAUAAACACACUGUGCAGUUAUUCCCAUGCCCUGCAUGGGAAGUUUUCGGCCUUCUCUUUUUCUCGGGGGUCUAGCCUGUAAAAUAUACUACAAUCAGGCUUUAUGGCUUCAUUAUUACUCUCACACGGCCAGGGGUUAUCUGCAAUGUUGAUCUAAAAUCCUGAAGAUUCACCCUGAUGUCAGGCAAAGAACAAUGCUGAAACUCCAUACUAUGGAAACAAGGUAUCUAGCUGGAUGCAGCUGGUAAAUUCAGUCCCAUGGACCUUUGGGAUUUAUUUUCCUUAGCAGCUGACACCAUGUGUCUUUUGCAUCCUUGGUGGUGCUUGGUGCUUCUGCCCAUCUGGGCUCAUUGAGAAUAGGGAUUCAGAUUAUGAUUUUAGGGAAUCUCAGAUAGGCUAGAAUUCCCUGUGUAUGUGUGAGCUGUUACAAUAAAGUCAUGUGACUGGCAUUUUCACAAACCUUCCAGAGCUUAUUAUAUAUCCCAAUGUAUGUUGUACCCCUUCAAUAGCCCCAGCAGGAUACUGCAUAGCUUUUCCAGUGAUAUUGCCAUUGGUGAAAGCAUUUCUGGAACAGUCUUCAAAGGCCAGAAACAUGUAAAAACAGACUCCCCAAAUGGUCAUCUAUUCCAACCUUCUCUUAUAAUACAGAGGCAGAGGCUAGGAUCCAGAACAGGGAUUCACUGGUGAAGGGAGUUAGUAUAGCACCUUCUUUUGAUUCUUCUGAGAUUAGCCCUCUUCAUCUUGGGGUAAAUCUUUAAUCUUUUUGUGGUUAUAGGAGAGAGAAUUUUAAGUUUGAAACUAGCUAGGAGCUGUUUGAAGCCUCUGGGGAAGAAGGUGGCAUAUCAAGAGGGUUGAGUAAUAAAUAGGUAUUGUUGUAAAGCAGAGCCAUUUUCUUGAGCAGCUCAUAGUUCCCAAAUGGUUUCCAAAGAGAAGUUCCAGAGAUGUCUUAAGCAUUGGGGUUAUCAUUGAGAUAUGUGGAGUCUCUUUGGUGACUGCUUUGGUGGGGCAUUACUCACCUGAAUGUAUGUAUUUUGUGUUUUUUGUGUGUGCACGUGCACGUGUGCAGAUGUAUGUUUAAAAUAUAUACAUUCAAUCUCAUAGUCAUGCCACUUUAGUUCUAGGUCCUGCCAGCACCAUAUGGCCUCCAAGGUCUGCUGGAGAGUGUGUGAGUGCCCAGAAUAGAAGAUCUGGCACUGGUCUGCAGAGGACAGGGGAAGGUGACCUUACCAAAAGCCCUUAGAGAAAACUUACCAGUUACUACCAUUUCAUGUAUUUCCUUUUUGAUUGUAGUAAAUGUUAUUGGAAGGCUAGUAUUGUUGGUAGUAGCAAAGACACUUAUUUUUCCACUUGCCACAUUUUUCUACAUCUCCAAUAAUUCUUUUCAGUUGAAAUUGAUUUUUGUUUUUGGUAAAAAGAUAAUAUUUUUAAUAGAUAAAAAUAUAUUUUAAAUAUUUCCCCAAAUUAAUACUUUCAUUUUAAGAAAUUGCAUGACAGAGGCAACAAGUGCAGAGUGAAAAGCUACUUCUUAUUUAAGUGAAUAUUUCAAACACUAGGUCCAGCUUACUGACUUUACCCCUUGCACCUACUCUGAUACCUAGGAUGGUAAUGACAAUUGUUUUCCCAACUUCUUGUUGAGCAUUCAUAUUUCAAAUAUAGGCAGAGUGGUUUAGGGUAAGGAGGGAAGAAGCUUAAAAUUUAAUCAAUGUGGCUUUGGAAGAUGAAAAAAACCACUAAAAUAUUAUCUAUUUUAAAUGCUUCCCAUCCUUAAUAACUAUUUUCUUUCUGAAAAAUUUCCCUUUCUUGUUGCUUGUGAAAUUGGUCACAAAUGGAGUUGUUGAUAUAGAUUCUUUGGUGAGGGGAAAGAAAAAGACAAAAUAGAAUGCUGGGGGAGGUUUUGUGAGCUAGAAUGAGAGAUGCUAUUUUACAAAGCAUAUUUCUCACAAAUCAUUGAAGUCCAAUUCGCUAUACAAAUUACGCAUGUCUUACUCUGUUCCUUGUAUAUAUUUAUAUAUUCUGUGUUUUUUCUUACUAAAGGGGAAAUUAUGAGAGGUGGGAGGGUAAAGGUCAUUCUGAUGGGAAAUCCAAGAAAUGUGGUAUCCUCAGAAGGGGGCUUUCAGGUCUUUUCCUUAGAAAGGGAAAGACACUUUGGGAGCAAGUUCAUGACCUGUUGAUUGUAUCUGUUGGAAGAUGUUAUCUGGGCCUAUUGGGUUGGUAUCAAAUCAGGGGAUACUGCAUUCAGCCCCUGGCCCCUUUCAUAUAAUUGCCUCUUUUUUGCAAAAGGUUAAGUCUUCUUGGCUGAGGCUUGCCAGAGAAACGUUUCCUAAGUGACUUCAUUUAUUUUUUUAAUAUUUUAAUUUAAAAAUUUUGCUUGGAGGAAGCACUGGUGAUAAAUAUCUUUUCUGUUUUUUGUUCAUUUUCUCUAAAGGAAAAAUGCCCUUAAGAGAUUAAAAAAGCUGCUUAAUUAAUUGCUGUCUAGUUGCAAACUGGCAAACUGACUCAAAACGGGAAGCUGCCAUUGUGUUUGGUGCAGCUAAUGAACGAGAGGCUGUUUGUUCAUCCUUUCUUUUCCAUUUGACAUUUCCUGAGCUUCAAAACUUGUGACUCAACCCUGCUCUUGAGGAACUUUAUGUUUAAUGGAAUGUACUUGAAAGUAUAUAUGGCUGAAGAGUUUGUUAAUGGUCUUAUGAAAGGUCAUUUCUUUCAUAGCUCUUUUUGAUGGUCCAGCACCCAGCCAGCUGCAUUGAACAUUUUGGAGACCUCAUUUGUGAAUUUGACUGCAACAUUGCUUUUCAAAAUUACUAAGUAAUUUUACCAAGGGAGAAUGAAUUUUCUCCUGUAGUGAUUACAAGACAGUAACAUCUCUCUGGGAGCUGCUUUUAGAUUAAGCUCCAAGAAAGGAGGCAGGUUGUGGAUCACUGACAUGAUCAGAGGCUAAGACCUCAAUUUAGUAGCCUUUUAAUCUCUCCUCCAACUACCUGGCUUUUCGUUGAAAUGGAGGGGCCAGCAGGGGAGGGGGAAAGAAGAAUCAAAUGCUGUAUUAUAACCAUAGAAGGUUACAGCUAGAGAGGGCAUAGAAAUUAUCCGAGUUAAAGUGCUACCCCUUUCUUUUUUUAACAAAUGAACUUGAGAUCCAGUGUCCUGUGCCCUAUUUUAUACUGUAGUUUUCUAUAGUCUGAUUAGUCUUUAAAGUUUUACAAACACAAAUUUGCUAAUGAGGGGAACACCCAAGUGAUUAGGAGGCUUUUUAACAGCUUUUUUGUCUUAAUUUUUAAAAUUAGAAUUAAAAUGUACUUACAGCUCCUGAAUGUAUAUCCAACCCUGGUAGGGAAAACCUCCAUAGUAUGAAAAUGUGAAUGUGGAAUCUUACAAAGUGAUAAAUUUUGAUUAGAAUAAUUGCCAUUUUAAUUAUUAUAAAUUAAAUUAAAUAAUUUUAAUUAAGGGGUAAAAGCCAGCUAAUUUUUCUUUAAAAAUUAGAAGCUUCUUAGGGUCCUAAAUCUUUCUCAGCUAGUCUUUUCCUCAUCAACACACAGAAUGGUCUUUUGACCUGGUCUUUAGAGUGAACAUAGUUGAUUAUGAAUUCUUACGACUUGAUGAGAAAGCGGUUUUAUGGGGUAGGAGAAGUGGAUUUUUAGAGGAAGAAACUGCUGAAUAGAUUUUCUUAUAAAGAAGAUCCAGAAAUGAAACUUAAUACAUGAUCAUUAUCCAGUGUAGCUUUCUAAAGAUUGUAGAAAAGAGACUUUUAGACAUAGAGGUUACCAGUUUAGAAAUCAGUCAAAGCGAAUCAAUAAAAAAGUGCCAAGACUGAAGGUAUAGAUUGUUCUAUGUACUAUCAGUAUUUUUAUUUUCUUCCUAAGAAAAAUUACUCAUUCUCCUUUGUGAGUAAAUGCCUCCUUAAUGUCUAUAAGGUGGCAACUUCUCACAGCCUUCCUCUUGUGAGGGGCAACCUCAAACUAAUGGUGUCUUAAAUUAAAAAAAAAAGUUGGACAAAGCCAAGGCAAAGCAAGGCUGGUUCAUCUUCCUUUCUUCUCAUUUAGUAUGAGGUAAAAAGAGGCAACUUCAGAUAUCAAGCUGUUAGUCUGUUGGCCCUGGUUCUAGAUUAAUAUGGCAACAGGCAGAUUCCCCCUUGUUGGCACUACCCAACUUCCAAAGCUGUGCCACCAGUGGGAGCAGGGGUUCUUCCUCAGUAGCCUUGGGGCUCCAGCUGAGCACUUAAAGUCCUCAUGAGAGAAUAGAUACUAUGCAAGGGGAAAAAUUAUCUUAAACGCCAACUAAUGGAUUUUUUUUUCUUUUUGCGCCUGAUGUAUUGUUUACUCUCAACUUUCUACAAAUACACCUGUUCUAAGGGCCUUUCCCUCUCCUGCCUAGAAAUAGAAAACGGGUAAUGUAUUGGUUUUAUACAAACUGCUGUCUGCUUUAGAUUUGGAGAAGGCACCUGGAUCCUUGUGGACUGCCACUGCUGGCUCCCUCCUCCUCAACUCAUCAUAAAGAGCAUUUUGACAAAGACAGAGGACUUGGAACAGGGCAUGCUUUAUAAGGGGUGCUUCUACCAACAAGGAAAUGGCGUGGAAUCAAGUGGAAUGAUAUCUUGUUUAUUUAAAUAGUACCAAAGUGCAUUCUUUAAUGUAUGCUUGCCUGCUUGAGGUGAGGCCCAAGUUGAGAAUACAAUAAAGCAAACUCAUGAAAGUG